AUGAUAUUGCAAGGUAGGAGCAUGAAGCGAGAUUACCCAUGCUGCAAGCGUGAGGAAAAAUACUCAGGUAACGUGACAAGAAUUUAGUUCAAGCUAAAAUCGGUUCCAGGUUGGUUCCAAUGGUUUUACAUGGUUUUUGCAUCACCAAGCGAGAAGGUGGAAGUUGUAUCUGAUAAAGAGGUGUUUAAUGAACAGUUUCGAAGUCUGAAGAAGACAUUUCGGCAAGCCCUGACCACAACUGUGGAAUGCCUGAAGAGGAUGUCAUUGAGGGGAAUCCCUCAAGACAGUAUUUUGGGUGACGGCGUUCAAACGCAUCAGCAGAGUAGCAAAGGCUGCUUUUCUCCUAUCAAAUGCUGA